GACCGACGCGCGCCGGCGUCUCGGUACUUGCCGCCGCUGCCGCCGCCGCCGCCGCCUUCCAGGGGCUCGAGUCUCGCGUGUUCUUCGUUCGCCGGCCGGCGGGCGCACGCGCUUCCCGCGGCCCGGUCGGCUAGGCUGGGGUCGGGGGAUCCGGGGGACUGUGAAUUGCCGCCUCCGCGCGGUGCUCGGGCGGCCAUGUCUGCCGGCGAGGUCGAGCGCCUGGUGUCGGAGCUGAGCGGCGGGACCGGCGGGGACGAGGAGGAAGAGUGGCUCUACGGCGGCCCAUGGGACGUGCAUGUGCACAGGGAUUUGGCAAAGGACCUAGAUGAAAAUGAAGUUGAAAGGCCGGAAGAAGAAAAUGCCAGUGCUAACCCUCCUUCUGGAAUUGAAGAUGAAGCUGCUGAAAAUGGUGUCCCAAAACCGAAAGUGACUGAGACUGAAGAUGAUAGUGAUAGUGACAGUGAUGAUGAUGAAGAUGAUGUUCAUGUCACUAUAGGGGACAUUAAAACCGGAGCACCACAGUAUGGGAGUUAUGGGACAGCACCGGUAAAUCUUAACAUCAAGACAGGAGGAAGAGUUUAUGGAACUACAGGAACAAAGGUCAAAGGAGUCGACCUUGAUGCACCUGGAAGCAUUAACGGAGUUCCACUCCUAGAGGUAGAUUUGGAUUCUUUUGAAGAUAAGCCAUGGCGUAAACCAGGUGCUGAUCUUUCUGAUUACUUUAAUUAUGGGUUUAAUGAAGAUACCUGGAAAGCGUACUGUGAGAAACAGAAGAGAAUACGGAUGGGGCUUGAAGUGAUCCCCGUUACUGCCACUACAAAUAAGAUUACGGCCGAAGACUGUACUAUGGAAGUUACACCAGGUGCAGAGAUCCAAGAUGGCAGAUUCAAUCUUUUUAAGGUACAGCAGGGCAGAACUGGAAAUUCAGAGAAAGAAGCAGCACUUCCAUCGACAAAAGCCGAGUUUACUUCUCCACCUUCUCUGUUUAAAACUGGACUCCCACCAAGCCGAAGCAGCACCUCUUCUCAGUCUCAGACAAGUGCUGCCUCCAGAAAAGCCAGUUCAAGCGCUAGGAGGAGGCAGGGCCAAUGUGGGAGGUCCGAGUCCCCUGACCUCAGGCGAUUACCUGGAGCGAUCGAUGUUAUUGGUCAGACGAUAACGAUCAGCCGAGUGGAAGGGAGGCGGCGGGCCAAUGAGAACAGCAACAUACAGGUCCUUUCUGAAAGGUCUGCUACUGAAGUUGACAACAACUUCAACAAGCCGCCCCCGUUCUUCCCUCCCGGAGCUCCUCCCACCCACCUUCCACCUCCCCCGUUUCUUCCACCACCUCCAACGGUCAGCACAGCGCCACCUCUGAUUCCACCACCAGGUUUCCCUCCUCCCCCAGGCGCUCCACCUCCGUCACUUAUACCAACAAUAGAAAGUGGACAUUCCUCGGGUUAUGAUAGCCGCUCUGCUCGUGCAUUUCCCUACGGCAAUGUCGCCUUUCCCCAUAUUCCUGGUUCAGCUCCUUCAUGGACCAGUAUUGUGGACACCAGCAAGCAGUGGGACUAUUAUGCAAGAAGAGAGAAAGACCGAGACAGAGAGCGAGACCGAGACAGAGAGCGAGACCGGGACCGGGACAGAGAAAGAGAACGCACCAGAGAGAGAGAGAGGGAGCGCGACCACAGUCCCACACCAAGUGUCUUCAACAGUGACGAAGAGCGAUACAGAUACAGGGAAUAUGCAGAGAGAGGCUAUGAGCGCCACAGAGCCAGCCGGGAGAAGGAGGAGCGGCACAGGGAGAGACGCCACCGGGAGAAGGAGGAGACAAGGCACAAGUCGUCGCGAAGUAAUAGUAGACGCCGCCAUGAAAGUGAAGAAGGAGACAGUCACAGGAGACACAAGCACAAAAAGUCCAAGAGGAGCAAGGAAGGGAAAGAAGCUGGCAGCGAGCCUGCGCCAGAGCAGGAGAGCACCGAGACCGCCCCCGCUGAGUAGGCGGCUGGAGAGACUGGGCUGCCCCGUACAUAGUAGGACCCAACAUGGAAGCUGUAGAGCUGAUUGUUUUUCUGGAUAAUGUUUAAGAAAUUUACCUUUAAUCUUGUUCUUUUAGUAUGAGAAGUUAACGUUUUUUUCCAAAUAAAAGAGUAAAUUUUUCAUGUUAAGUUAAAAAAUUUUUGUCUUGUAAUAUUUAAAAAAUAAAAAGACAGCAAUGACUUUAUAACCAAGAAA